AUGACUGCAUCCUAAAUCUAAGGAUGGCCUAGUCUCACAAUUAAAUGUACAUCAACAGAUUAUGUUAACAGAAAAAAUUAGUUGAUGUAUGGUAUUAUUGAUAAAACGAAUAACUAAAACAUUCAAAAGACUUACACCAUUAGUUAACCACAUUGGAGUUUGUCUGUAAGAGUAAAUAUCUACACACUAAGGAAUUUUGCAGCUAGUGAUAACAUCUAAGUAUAUAUGGAUGGAACUAAGUAGAUUUAAUAUCAAAAAGGAACCAAUUUAAAUAUUGGAGAAUCACUUUGCCUAUCAUAAAAUGAUUACCUUUAUUAAUUUUAUAAAAAUAUUACCCAUUCGGCAAAUACAUUUGUCUUAGCAUUUUAAUCAUCUAUUUCUACUUCUGCAUCAACAGGAGGAUUUGCAUUAAGUGAGCUAUAUGUUGAAAUAGAUACUUGCUAUCCUGGAUGCUAAACUUGCUCUGGACCUGCAAAUAAUUAAUGUCUCACAUGUAUAACAGGAGCUGUUGCUAAUAAUGGUUAAUGCUAAUGUACAACAGGUUUUGCUUACUAAACAUCUUGUGUCCCUACCUGUCCUGCUGGGUUAAGAGGAGAACCUACUUUAUUAGUAUGUGUUUAAGAUUAUUGUGAUGCAUCUGUUUGUGCUACAUGUGACAAUACAACAAAAUCAUGCACAUCUUGCAAAGCUGGUUUUUAUCUACUAUAAACUUAAUGCGUAGCUUCCUGCCCUACUUAUACUAAUUAAUAAGGAAAUGCUUGCUAAGAUAUACUACCAUCAAAUGGGAUGUAUCUACUUAAAGCUCUAUAUUAAACUUUUGUUUCUGAAAGUGAAAUCGCUGCAGGUGGACUAACAGUUACUGGUUUAGAAGGAAACGGAUUCGGUACAGUAACAAGUUCUGGAGCUUACACAUCUGUUUGUAAUGGAGUUUAUUAUAUUGGUGGCUAUAUGUUAGCUGCAAGUAAUGCAUCAUUUAAAAGAACUUUUACUGGACUACCUCCUCAUUCUUAAAUAAGAGUUGGUUUUACAUUCGUAGCUAUAGAUGAUUGGGAUAGUGAAUACAUUUACAUUAAUUAUGAUGGUUAAUAGGCUUCCAAUUUCAUGGUAAAUAUAGCCGAUACUGUAGAUGCAUUGUGCGGAUUACAAAGUUUUUUGGAUUUGGUUUAUAAUGUAGACAAAACUGCAAUACAUACAAGUCCUACUCUUAAUUUAGAAAUAAAGGCGACACUCUCUUUAAAUUCAUCAUAAAAAUCUUAUGGUCUGAGAAAUUUAUUUGUAAUUUUAAUCCAAUGUAGUUAAUGGUGUAUAUCGUGUAAUCCAACAACAUGCUUGUAAUGUGAUAUCACACAUUAUUUAUACAAAGGAUCUUGUUAUGUAACUUGUCCAACAACUACAUACAUAGAUUAAAAUAGAGAAUGUCACGAUUGUGAUGCUUCUUGUGCUACUUGUAGCGGCCCAAAUAAUACUGAUUGUAUUACUUGCCCACCUGGAAAAUUGCUAUAUAAUAAUGGUGGUUGGACCUGUGUAAGUAAUUGUCCUGCUACAAAUUAUUACAGUGAUGGUACUAAAUGUUAAAAAUGUGAUUCAAGUUGCUUGACUUGCUCUGGAGGAGCUAAUAAUAAUUGUCAAACAUGUAAUGCUGGAGUUUUUUUGUAUUAGAAUUAGUGCUUAGCAAGUUGCCCUUCUAAUACUUUUGUUAGUGGAACCUAAUGUGUUAACUGCGAUGGUAGUUGUAAAACAUGUACUGGUGCAUCAAAUUAAUAAUGUGCAUCAUGUGAUACUACAUAUUUAUUGACUUAAGGAACUUCCAAGUCAUGUGUAUCAAAUUGUGGAAAUUCACUAUACCCAAACACUACAAAUCAUACAUGUUCUAGCUGUGAUUCUACUUGUUUUAAUUGCUCAGGUCCUAACCCUAAUUAAUGUACUUAAUGUACAGGAAAUAGAUAUCUUUAGGGAAAUUAAUGCUUGCUUACAUGUAACCCAGGAUUUUAUGCAGGAGCAAAUAAUAUGUGUGUCGCAUGUGAUUAAACAUGCGCUACUUGUAGUGCAGGAGCUAAUACUAAUUGCUUAAGCUGUUAGCUUCCUUUAUAUUUGAAUGGAAAUUAAUGUCUAAAUUCAUGUAAUUCAAAUCAAUACAAGGAUGAUCCUACAGCUAGCUGCCUUAGCUGUGACUCUAGUUGCUUAACUUGUUAAGGAGCUGGACCUAAAAAUUGUACAUCAUGUCCUGCAUCCACGUUCUUGAACGUUGAUCAUUCUUGUGUUUCAAAAUGCCCAGACGGGUUAUAUGCAGAUGGAAAUGUAUGCAAAGCUUGUCCAUCUUAAUGUGCCAAGUGUGUUAUAUAAGGUACUUCUCCUGUUUGCACAACAUGCCCACCUAGUUAAGCUUUAUAUAAUGGAAACUGCGUGGCGACUUGCCCAGCAAAAACUUAUUAGACCAAUAAUGGAGCAACAAAUAUUUGUUCUAGUUGCGAUUCCAGCUGCUAAACUUGCUCAGGUCCUAAUGCUAAUUAAUGUUUAUCUUGCAUACUACCAAAUUAUUUUUAACCAGAUACUACCUAAUGCGUAACUACUUGCAAGACUAGUUACUAUCCUGUCUAAAAUACUGCUACCUGUGCUCCCUGUAAUGCUACAUGCUACUAAUGCUCAGCAUCUACUGCAAAUGAUUGUACAAGUUGUACAGGAAAUUUAUAUUUAUAAAAUAACACAUGCUCAUCAACUUGUUAGAAUGGAACUUAUCCAGAUAAAACUACAAAUAAAUGUACGUAAUGCGAUUCGACAUGCUUAACAUGUUCUGCAGGAACAAAUACAGACUGUUUGACAUGCAGUCCUCCAAAUUAUCUUCAAACUGACAAAAAUUCAUGUUUGACCACAUGUAAAAGUAACGAAUAUCAAGAUAAUUCCUCCAAUAAGUGUGUAGCUUGUAAUGUAUUAUGUGCAACUUGCAGUGGUCCUGCAUCUACUUAAUGCUUAACAUGCCAAGCAGGAUAAAUAUUAUAUACAUCACCUGAUAAUAAAAAGACUUGUGUGAACUCUUGUCCUGAUGGGUAUUAUAGUGAUACAAAAAAUAAUGUAUGUGCUUAAUGCAAUUCAUCCUGUUUAACAUGUGCAUCACCAGGUGAUAAUAAAAGUUGUUUAUCCUGUGCUCCUACUCUAUAUUUGCUGAAUGGCUAGUGUGUUAAUUCAUGCCCUUAAAAGUACUACUCUACUACAAGCACAAAUCCUUAGACUAUGAUUUGCAAGCAGUGUUAUUAAGAUUGCUUGACUUGCUCUGGACCUCAGAGCACUGAUUGCAAAACAUGCUAGCUUCCAAAUUAUUUUGUUGCAGCUACUUCUUAAUGUCUACCAAAUUGUCCUGCUAAAUUUUAUAAAAAUGAUCCACUUGCUUAAUGUUCUGCCUGUGAUCCUUCAUGUGCUAACUGUAGUGGGCCAUCAGCUAGUUAAUGCACUUCUUGCUCAGGUUCAUUGUACCUUGAUGGUGUUUCUUGUAUUAAUACUUGCUCACCUGGUAAAUUUGCAAAUCAACAAAAUAAUACUUGCACGGCUUGUGAUCCAACUUGUAAGACUUGUGAUGGAACUACUUCAACAAAUUGCCUUUCUUGUGCCCUUCCUAACUAUUAUUAAUUAUCAACAAAACAAUGUGUUUAAUAAUGUAAUGCUAAUUAAUAUAAAGAUAACGCAACAAUUUCUUGUAUAGCAUGUAAUAGUACUUGUGCUACAUGCAGUGGUCCCAAUUCAAAUUAGUGCUUAACUUGCAACGGAACUGAUGUAUUAAUUAAUGGUAAUACUUGUUAAAGCAACUGCCCAGAUGGUUAAUAUUAAGAUUAAACUGUCUGCAAAGCAUGUGAUUCUUCUUGUAAAACUUGCGUUUUUCCUGGUAGCUCUAAUAAGUGUGUUACUUGCAAAACUGGCUAGUAUUUCUAUUAAAAUCAAUGCUUGAGUAAAUGUCCUAAUAAAACUUUCUCAACAACAUUGUAAGACAAAACGUUAAUUUGUACAGAUUGCGAUUAAAGCUGUUAAUCUUGUAGUGGAUCUUUAUCCAAUAAUUGUCUUUCAUGUGCAGGUUCAUUAUUCUUGAAUUCAGACAAUACCUGCAAACCAACAUGCAUAGUAGGGUAGUACCCAAACACUUAAAAUUCUACAUGUCAACCAUGUGAUAAAAGUUGUUAUUAAUGUAAAGGACCUAAUAGCAAUUAAUGCACUGCAUGUUAAGGAAAUAGCUUCUUAGAUACUAAUGCUUCUACAUGCGUAGGAACUUGUCCUCCAAAAUAGUAUGCAAAUACCACAAAUAAUACUUGUUCUGCUUGCCAUCCCACAUGCAACUCUUGUAGCGGUCCAUUAUCAAGUAACUGUACUUCAUGUAGUCUCCCUAAUUUUAUGUAAACUAAUUCUCAGUCAUGUUUACCAACAUGUUAAUUGAAUGAGUAUUAGGACUAAGCAUCAGUAUCUUGCAAAGCUUGUGAUUUAUCAUGUAAGACAUGUGGUGGUUAAGGACCAAAUAAUUGUCAAAGCUGUAAUGUAAAUUAAUUUUUGCAUUUAGGAAAUUCUUGUGUCGCAACUUGCCCUGCUGGAUAUUAUAGUAAUGUAAAUGUUUGCUCAAUCUGCUCUAAAAAUUGCUAAACUUGUAAUUAUCCUGGUGAUGAUAGCUCUUGCACAACUUGCAAAAAUAACCAAUUCCUAUACAAAGGCUAGUGCUAUUAAAAUUGUCCUAAUAAGACUUUUUCAUAAACAAUUUAAGGAAUUUAAGUUUGCACAGACUGUGAUAGCUCAUGCUUGGCUUGUAAUGGACCAACAAAUACAAAUUGCACUCAAUGUGCUCUUCCUAAUUAUCUUUUGCUAUCAACUAAUUCUUGUGUUUAGAAUUGUCCUGAUAGUUUUUACAAAAACGAUUAGUUAGCUUAAUGUUCCUAAUGUGAUUAAUCGUGCUUUCAAUGUAAUGGUCCAACGGCAAAUUCAUGCACAGCAUGCACUGGAAAGAUGUAUUUAGACAACCAAAAAUGUGUAGCUAAUUGUUCAGAUGGGAAGUACAAAAGUCCUACUAGCAAUAUUUGUUUGAAUUGUAAUUCAAGCUGUAAAACAUGUAACCCUGCAAAUCCUAAUAAUUGUCUUACAUGCACUCUACCAUUAUAUUUCUAAUAUAGAGACUCUACAUGCCAAUUAACAUGCCAACCAGACUAAUAUAGAGAUAAUGCAACAGUAAGUUGCAUUAACUGUGAUUCAUCUUGCUUAACUUGCUUAGGAAGUAAAAAUACAGAUUGUUUAAGUUGCACAGGUACAUAUUUACAAAACACCUAAUGUGUGAACAGCUGCUCUGAUGGGUACUAUGCUAAUAAGCAAACAUAGAGAUGUGAGAAUUGCAAUAGAAAUUGUAAAACAUGCUUUGGUCCAGAUUAAAAUAGUUGUAUUUCAUGUUCAGUUCCUCUUUUGUUCUAAAAAUCAACAUAUUCUUGCGUUACUAGAUGCGAUAAAAAUUAUUAUAGUAACUACUCUACUAACUCCUGUGAAUUAUGUCAUCCAGAUUGUGCUUCAUGCAGCGGAUCUCUAAAUAACUAAUGCACAUCAUGCUCAGGAUAAAAGUAUUUAUAUUAAAACUCAUGUGUGGCAUCUUGUCCUAAUGGUUUCUUUGCUUAAUAAAAUAAAUGCUAAUAAUGCACAUAAGGAUGUUAAGUUUGUACUGAUGGAUCUGUAAACAAGUGUUUAGUUUGUAUGAACACUUAUUACCUGUAUUAAGGAUAAUGCGUUAAAAAAUGUCCUGAAUUCUUUUUUGAGGAUAUAUAUUCUUACACUUGCCAGCCUUGCUCUUAAAAUUGCUCUUAAUGUGUUAAUUAUGGUUCACUUACUUGCAUAUAAUGUGGAUAAGGAUACAAUUUGUACAACAACGCUUGCAUAAAGAACUGUCCAGUGGGUACCUAUGUUGAUAAUCAAGUAUGUAAAGACUGUAAUAUAGAAUGUUUAACUUGCAUAGGUCCUUAAGAUAGCUAAUGUACAUCAUGUUAGUCAGGAAUGUUAUUAUAAGAUAACUACUGCGUUAAUAGUUGUGAUAGUAAUUAUGCCUUGAUUUAAAGUUAAUCUUUAUGUGUAAAAUGUGAUUCUUCAUGCUUAACUUGUACAGGAUCUGAUAAAAAUUAAUGUGCAACAUGUCCUUAAAGCUCAAUACCUUUUAAUACUUAAUGCUUAACAUAAUGUCCUUAAGGCUUUUACUAAAUACCAAAUUAACUAAAAUGUAAUAGCUGUAAACCUUAUUGCAGUAAAUGUACAAAUAGUAAUGACUGCUAAGCAUGCAGUAAAGGCUAUGUUAUGCUAAAUGGAGACUGCUUAAACUAAUGUCCAAAUUAGGAUUAUUUUGUAGACAGUAGUACUAAUCAAUGUACAGCUUGUAAUGAUUCGUGCAAAGAAUCUGGUUGUUUUGGCCCUGGAGAAAAUGAUUGCAUAGUUAGUUACAUUGAAGCUAAAGAAUCCAUAUUGUUUAUAAUUUUCAUGGUUAAACUUGGAUAUUGGAUAUUUAAUUCUAUAUCUGGUUACUUUAUGGAUAAAUUUGAUGAAAAAGAACAUUAGAGAAAAGUAAUACAAUUUAUGAAAGGAGGAGAAUAAAGUAGAACUUUUAAUUAAUCUAACUUAUAAUAAACACAAGAAGGAAGUGUAAUUAAAAGAAAAAACCGUAAUAGAUUUGAUGAUUAAAACAAUUUAUCAGCAACUGAACAGAAAAAUAUUUAUUCUUAAAAUAAUCAAACUAUUUAAAAUAUGUCCUUAAAUACUUCAACUUACAAUAAUCAAUUAAACAAUUCAAAGAUAUUAAAUCUUCAAAAAGUGAGCAGUUAAGCACAGAUGAGCCCCCUUAAAAAUCAAUCGUGGAGAGAUCUACCUAAUGAAUUAAGUAACAUUAACAAUUAGAGCUACAGAAAUAAUGAUGAUAGCCCAGUUAAAACAAACCAAAAUUUAAACACUCGUCGCCCUAUCAUCGUGAAGCGCUUUUCUUUCAAGCAAGAAGACGGAUGUCCAACAUUUAGAGAUUAAGAAGACUAAAAAAACAGUGAUUCAUAAAGCUAAAGCAGUAAAAUAGAUGAUACUAAUUAACCAAUCGAUCUUCCAACUAAUUAAAAACUUUAUUAUUCACUUAUCGGAAAUGAUUUGAUUUAAGUAUGGACUUUAUACAAUCCAUACAUAAGUAGAAUAUUAAGGGCAACUUUAGUUUACUUCAAAUUCCUAUGCUUCUUUUAUGGAACAAACAUAAUUUAUAAGAAAAGUCCAGGUCUACUGGUUUUAUCUUUAAUUUUAGGCAUGAUAAUAAAAGAAGCUGUAUUUAUAUUUUUUAUUCAAUUUGCUAUUUGCUUAAGAAAAAGUGCAAUGAUUGCAGUAAUUUUAUUGGUAGGUUCUGUCAUUGUUGUUUGUACUGUUUGGUUUAGACCAGAAAUUUAAAAACUUACUACUAACAAAGACAUAACAUGGUCUUGGAUGUAUUUAUCGAUAUUUUUAGUAGACUUUAUUUUUGUCUAAACUUCAUUGGCACUUUUGAGAUACUUUUCUUCUGUUAGAAGUUUAGAAAAUAGAAACGAUAAAUUUCAAGCUUUGCUUGACAAAACUCUUGUUGAUUAAGGAGUCAUUUACAAGAUUAAAAAUGAAUCUUGA